AUGGCUAUUCAAGUUUCAUCCCAUAGUUUCGUCGGCAAACCCAAAUACAGAUUUGAUGUUUUUUUGAGUUUUAGAGGCGAAGAUACUCGCCAUUCCUUUGCUGUGCCUCUCUACAAUGCUUUGCGACGUAAGGGAAUCAAUGUUUUCAUUGAUGACAAGAAGCUUGGCAAAGGGGAAAAGAUUUCACCUACGCUUCUUAAAGCCAUUGACAGAUCGAGGAUUUCCAUUAUUCUAUUCUCCAGCAACUACGCUACUUCUACAUGGUGCUUGGAUGAACUUGCCCAUAUAAUUCGAUGUAAGAAUGAGAAGAACCAGGUGGUUAUGCCCAUCUUUUACAAGGUGGAUCCAAUGGCUGUUCAGUAUCAGAGAGACGGCUUUGCAACAGCCAUGGCUGCUCAUGAAGAUAUAUUCAGAGAUGAUCCAGAGAAAGUGCAGAAAUGGAAAUCUGCUUUGUCAGAAGCAGCUUCUUUAUCAAAGGCCUGGAUUUUUGAAGAUAGGAACGAAAUCGGGUUUAUGGAAAGGAUUGUUAAAGAUGCAUAUGCUAUGUUGCCACCUAAACAAUUACAUAACAUUGGGUACAUGGUUGGACUUGAGCCUCGUGUGGAAGAAGUGAUUUCACUUUUAAAUCAAUCCAGUGAUAGGGUGCAUGUUUUUUGUUUGAUGUCAAAGAAGCAACAAAGAAAUACCAGGGCAUCGUUCGCCUCCAACAGAAACUUCUAUCAGAGAUUCUUGGGGAAAAUUACGAUGAUUGGGAGUGUUGAUAAAGGAAUAUCAAGAAUAAAACAUAGGCUUUCUCAUAAAAGGGUUCUUUUGGUUCUUGAUGAUGUUGAUGAGGUUGAACAGUUAGAACAACUUGCGGGAGGGUGUGACUGGUUUGGUUUUGGAAGCAAAGUUAUUAUAACAACAAGAAAUAAGCAAAUGCUAGCUGCACACAAUGUUAAAAAAACAUUUGAAAUGAUGAAGCUGAAUGAGUAUGACUCUUGUGAGCUCUUUUGUUGGCAUGCCUUCCAUGAGAACCAACCUCCAAUAACCUAUCAAGAUAUGUCUAGUCGUGCAAUAAGUUAUGCACAAGGCCUUCCUCUGGCAUUAACAGUCAUAGGCUCCAAUUUGGCAAAUAAAAAUUUACAGGAAUGGAAGCCUAUAUUGGAACAAUAUGAAAGAAUCCCAGAAAGAACAAUUCAUGAAAUUCUAAAGAUAAGCUAUGAUUGCUUACAGGCCGGUGCUAAGCGUAUUUUCCUAGAUAUUGCUUGUUUUAUUAACGAGGAGAUGAUGAGAUCUAUCAAAGAAAUAGUAGAAGCUUGUGAUUUUGGUGCUAGGUUUUAUUUUGAACUUCUUGUCGAUAAAUCCCUGAUAACUUCAGUUGCUGGUGAAGAUUAUUUUUUUAUGCACGAUCUAAUACGACAAAUGGGAAGAGAGAUCGUCAGACAAGAGGCACCAUUACAUCCGGAAAAGCGCAGCAGAUUAUGGUAUUAUGAAGACGUUCUUAGAGGAUGCAAUAAUAUUGAAGGAAUAAUGCUUGAUCCUCCUCAACAAGAAAAAGUAAAGUGGAGUGGUAUGACCUUUGAGAAGAUGAAUAAUCUUAGAAUUCUUGUCAUUCGAAAUGUCCAACUUUCAACUGGCCCCACCUAUCUUCCCAAUAAUUUAAGGUGGCUUGAAUGGGAGGGAUAUCCUUUGGCAGCUUUGCCAAAAGAUUUUUCUCCUUCAGAACUAAUUUUCUUGAAGUUACCUGAAAGUUCUUUUAUACUAGAAGAACCACUGAAGAUUUUUACUAGCUAUGUGGCACAUUUGGAUUUUUCAUUUUGUCAAUUCAUAACUGAAGUACCUGAUAUGGCUCAAUGUCAAUGUUUACGAAUAUUGGAUUUGCACCGCUGUCACAAUCUGAUAAAAAUCCAUGAUUCAUUGGGAUCCCUCUCUAAGCUGAUCAAAUUAGAUGUUGGAAAAUGCACCAAACUUUCCAUUUUUCCACGUGAAGUCAAGAUGGCAUCACUUGAAUGGCUUAGUUUUAGAGGAUGCACGAGUCUUGAGUACUUCCCGCAUGUAGCGGGAAAGAUGGAUGCACUAGGCUACAUGUCAAUAAGUUGCACUGCUAUUAAGGAGCUCCCACCGUCCAUUGGAAAUCUUUCGGGGCUUCGACAUUUAGGCGCGUACUCCUGCAGAAGUCUUAGAGAACCUCCAACCAGCUUAUUCAUGUUGCCAAAUCUUGAGAAGCUUGGUUGCGGAGGCGUUCAUCCUCGUAACAGAAAAUCUUGGAUGAAGUUAAUGCAAGAUAGCCAACCAAUUAUCAGCAAGUGUUCUGUGAAGUAUUUGAGUCUCGAGAAUUGUGGUCUGUUGGAUGAAGAACUUCACCUAAUUCUGAAUUGUUUUCGAAAUUUGCGAGAGUUAUAUGUAUCAUGGAAUGACUUUGCGUCUCUCCCUAAGUGCAUUAAAGAUUGUGCUGAGCUGCGGCGGCUAGAUGUGAUUGACUGCCGGAGGCUAAGAGACAUACCAGAGUUGCCAUCAAAGCUGAAUUACAUAGAUGCAACGAAUUGCACAUCAUUAACCGCAGAAUCAUUGGACAACUUAUAUUCUCAGGCAAAAAAGGAGUUGCUUGCCUUGCUAAUCAAUGUGCCAGCAACAACAAUUCCUGAUUGGUUCAACCAUUGCGGUGAAGGAGGCACGUUGUCUUUUCGCGUUCGUGGGAAUUUACCUCGUGCUAUUCUUGCAUUUGAGGUCGAGUGGAAUGCGAACAGGAGAAGGGAACAGAUCCUCCCAAUUUUUAUGAGUAUUAACGGUCUCCAAGUAAUUAAACCUGAUUUUGAUGCAUUUAAAAAAGACCCUUGUAAAACAUGGCAUGUUCACGCUCGACAAGGUAGUUUGUUAUUAGUUGACUGCUUUCAGCACUCUACGAAAGAAGAGCAAAAGCGUCUCAACAAGUAUAUGGGGUUGGAUUGGAAUGACGUGGAACUACAAGUUAUGAGUGACUCUAUAGUUAAGUGGGGAGUUUAUGUCUACGAGGAAACAAACAUGGCGAAUGUGCAGUUCAAGUCUUCUCAUGCUUCAACAGCAUCACUGAAUCAAAGAGCAAUGACUUCCCCUCCUAAUUGUGAACCACCCAAGAAGCUCCUCAGAACUGAUAAAUGA